GAGCCACGUGGCCGUGACUCGUGGGUGUCGGGGGGCUUUAAAUAGGAGGAGCGGAACCGCCUCCAUACGUUCACAAACAUUUGGUUGGUUUCGUAGUCGCUUGUUAGUCGUGCGCUAGUUCUCGUUCUCGCUCCUAUUCGUUGACCUGCGUCUUGCGGGCAGGAACUUCUGCGGUAACGCCAUCGUCGUGCGAGGUCUUCCGCCCUGUCGUCGUCGUCGUCGUCGGUAAGGCGACGGAGAAAUGGCUGACGUUGCUGAAAUUGUUGCUGAUGUUGGCGUUGAACAGCCGGCUGCACAGGAGAGCAUCAUGUCACGUGUGGCAAACCUGCCCCUGCUGAGCUCUGCGUACGACAUGAUGGCAUCUGCCUACAGCAGCACCAAGGAGAACCACCCGUACGUGAAGUCGGUGUGCGAGGUGGCCGAGCAGGGUGUGCGCACGGUUGCUGGUGUCGCCGCCACCACUGUCAAGCCCCUGGUGGACAAGCUGGAGCCUCAGAUUUCCACGGCAAACCAGUACGCAUGCCUGGGGCUCGACAAGCUGGAGCAGAAGCUGCCCAUUCUGCAGCAACCCACAGAACAGGUGGCUUCCAGUGCUCGCGGAAUGGUUGGUGCCACCGUGGGCACGGUGACUAGCAGCGUCACCGGCGUUGUGGACAAGACCAAGGGCGUGGUGACCAGCGGUGUUGAAAUGACGAAGGGGGUCGUAUCAGGAGGGGUGGAAAUGACAAAGGGGGUAGUGAACAGCAGCGUGGAGAUGACCAAGGGCGUGGUGUCGGGAGGGGUUAGCACGGUGAUGAACAGCCGCGUGGGGCAGCUGGUGACUGCCGGCGUGGACUCGGCACUUGGAAAGACGGACGAGUACGUCGAUUACUACCUGCCGCCCUCCGAGUUGGACGGAGCACAGCCCGAGCAGUCUGGGGAGGCUGUGGGUGCAGUGGCAGAGGGGCAGCUUGUAGCUGGGCAGGAGCCCCAGAGCUACUAUGUGCAGUUGAGUUGCUUGUCCACCAAAGUGCGGCAGCGCCUGUACGAGCAGUCCGUGACCCGCCUGCGCAAUGCCAAGCUGCGCAGCCAAGAUGCCAUAGCACAGCUGCAGCACACGGUCAACCUGAUUGAAUAUGCCAAGACCCAUCUAGACUCCUCAAGCCAACUGGUGCAGGAAAAACUUCAGAGCUCCUGGCAGCAGUGGCAGAAGACCCAGCCAGCUGGAGGGGCAGAUGGGGCAGGUGCAGAAGAGCCUCAGUCUGACGAGUCCCGGACGCUGGCGAUGGCUCGUGCCCUUAGCCAACAGGUGCACACAUCGUGCGUGUCUCUCGCCUCCAACGUCCGUGGCCUCCCACAGAACGUGCAGGACCAAGCGCAGCGCGUCCGCCAAAAUGCAGAGGCCCUCGUUGCUGCCUUCCGCAAUACCACCUCUUUCAAGGACAUCCCAGAGCAGCUGUUGACACGCAGCAAGGAGCAGAUGGCCCAGGUCAGCAGCUCUCUGGAUGGAGUGCUUGAAUAUGUGGCUGAAAACAUCCCCGGGGGCUGGGUGGUGGGGCCCCUGCGUCGUGUGGAAAAGGUCUCCACGGAAUCAACUGGGGAGACUGGAGGCACAGCUGAUGUGGUGGAGGCAGUAGAUGCACCUGUUCAAGAAGAUAAAAUCCCAAAAUGAUUGAUUUUGGUGAAUGCAGCCUGACAACUGUCAGUUUCUUUUUGCUCUUUUGCUCCUAUUUGCUUCUGAACAUGUAAUGCGAUAUUGAAAUGGUUUCCAAAUGUGAUUGUCAAAUAAAACGCUUCAGCAGGUCAGUAUAUUUAACUACUUUAAUACUUCCUCAUGCGUGCUCCUGAGAUUUCUGGAAGGUCAUUGUAAAUGAAGAGGGGGGGGAAACCCUUCGUGUUAUCCACUGCUUCAUAAAGGCAUCUUGUACUGCUAUCCACUGCAGGAAUACAAUGACCCAUAUUUUGCCAAAGCUCCAUCUCCUGCUGUGGUGAUAUCCCCCUUGACUACCAUGCUGUAUCAAGUCCCAUUUCAUUGGCCACCAAGUUGCUUGUCCUGCCCAUUUGUCAAAUAUAGCACUUGGCUACACGGUGCGAUAAACGUUCAUGUGCUACCCUUGACAGCCGAGGUCAUUCCAAACACCUGCGUCUUUCAUCAUUUUGUGGAUGGCGGCACCUUUUAAACAGUUGCAGAGAACAGCCGAUUUGCAUGACUGCAAACAUUAAAUUUGCACCAAGGAUCAAAUUAAUGCCUUGACUGAUUGCCGCUUUGUUUCAACAGGCAUACAAAUGUUUGAACUCUACACCAUUUUCAUUCUGCUAUUCUUAGUAACUGCAAGAGGUGAUUCAAUUUUAGACGGUAACCAGAGCUUGGGUAGAUCUAUAUUGGUUGUCUGGCCCAGAAAAAUGUUAUGCAUACUACAGUAAAAAUGUAAUGGUUUAAUCCAAUUCCUCAAUUUGCUAAAGUGCCUCCAAACUUGACAUUUUGACUUUAUACGGUUACACUUUCAGCCUGGAAAAUGCACUUAAACCUUUUGCAGUGUUCCAUCAAAUGUGUAUCGUUAAAUUGGCAUUCUAUAUGCUGACGUGUGCAUUCUCUUGUGUAACAAUAAAGAAAUGUCCUGCAUCUG